AUGCGGCGACUGCAGCAUGAAAGAAUUGUGCGACUGCUCGGGAUCGGCAUUGCUCCCAAUCAAUCUCCGUGUAUAGUGGUAGAACUGAUGGCCGGCUCGCUAGGUGAUCGAAUUGGAGUUGUUCCAAGAGAGCCAUUCGCGCAAAGCCUUCAGUAUCUUGUCGACACGGCGGAAGGUUUGCGCUUUUUACACGGCAAGAACAUUUUGCAUCGCGAUUUGAAACCCCACAACAUCUUGAUCACGGCAGGGAGAGCCAAGAUAGCUGAUGUAGGUUUGGCCCGCUCUCUUCACGGUGGUCAAGGUGCAGACUUGACAACUCUGACACGGUGCCCCGGUACGCCUUAUUAUAUGCCGCCAGAGAGCCUGCAAGUGGGCACAACAUACGACGAAAAACUGGAUGUGUUUUCUCUAGGAGUGGUGAUGCUAUCGCUGCUUGUGGGACGACCGCCUUCCCCAACUGAAGCUACUGUUCUGCUGGAGAAUGGAACGCGGAGAUCAGUUCCGGAGGGUCGCCGACGCAAAGCAGAUCUGGAUCGACUGGGCUCGGAUCACCCACUACGUUCUCUAAUCGUGUCGUGUCUGCAUGAUGAUCCUGGAUCUAGACCAACAUCGGCUGAUGUUCACAUGCACUUACUGCAGAUCUCACCUCACUCUAUGUCCGCAGAUCGUUAUUUGAGUCAGUUUGCAGACAUUCUGACUCAACUGCAAACCAUUUCCACACAACAACAGGCAAUCAUCACCCGAGUGACAGCUGUGGAAGAGAAAGUGAACGGCAUGGAUGCAUUGAGGGAGAGAGUUGCCAACAUCGACACUAACCUCAGUGCUCACUCAUCAACUCUCGCUUCCAUCAACUCCUCCAUGGAUUCACGAUCGGCUGCAGUGGAUACACGCUCGGCUGCGGUGGACUCACGCAUUGCUGCGCUGGAAUCACGUGCCUCCAGACAGUCGUCUAGUGCCAGGACUCAACGUCUGACAGCGACUACCUCACACAGCCGUGACUCUAUUCCCCAGUCCUCUCCAUCACCACGCAGUGCAUCUUCUGCAACACCACCGAUGACGUCAUCCAGCGCUUCCUCAGCUCAAACACCGGCUAGUGUGCCCAGACAAGGGUCAGCCUCAGAUCAGUCUACCUUGCCCAGAAACACGUUGUCAUUAACAGCAUCAGGAGUAUCAUCAUCAGCAGCAGCAGCAGUAGUAGCUGCAUCUCCACCACAGAAGCGUGAUUACACACAGAUCCGCAGAUCAAGGUACUCACUUGGCAGCUGCGGCCGUGGGAGAGAUAAGUUCAACGGCCCUUGGGGACUAGCAUCCAAUAAAGCUGGUGACCUGAUCAUCUGUGACCGCAGCAACAACAGAAUAAAGAUACACGGUGUUGAUGGCCAGUUCAAGCAGACGACUGGUCGGAGGGGUACAAACUGUGGAGAGUUCAACUCCCCGCUAGCUGUGCAUGUAACAGAUGAUGAACGAGUGAUCAUUGCUGAUGCUUUCAACCACCGACUACAGUGCAAAGUAGUGCAUCUCAACGCCUACCAGUACUAG